GGAAGUCAUUUCACGUCUUCGAGUCAAUUUCUUCAAACUUACCUUAAGUCUUCACUAUUGUCAGACUUGACAUAUCAAAAGAAUAUACUCAGCAGACGACUCGAGCAAUAUGACUCCCUCUAACCUUCAUCAUCCCUCGACCCGAGCACUGCAUGCAGACGAUCACCUUAACCGGGUGACAGACGUCGCACCUCCAAUCCAUCUGUCUACGACUUUCAGAUUUCCCGAUAACCCAGAAGAUUUGAUCCCGUCCGUUGACCCCGUGGAAGAAUUCGACGGCAAAAACUACAUUUACUCCAGAGAAUUCGCCCCCAACGCAACUCGAUUCGAAGCUGUCGUUUCGUCACUUCUCAACGGCCGGGUUGUUAGCUACUCGACCGGUCUCGCUGCCCUUCAGGCCGCCCUCGUUCUCUUGAACCCCCGUCGCAUCUCGGUCGGCGAAGGCUAUCACGGCAGUCAUGAGGUCAUCUCUGUUAUCUCCAGAUUGUCGGGGCUGCAGAAGCUACCACUCGAUUGCCCGGCUGAUGAGCUUGACAAAGGCGAUGUCAUCCUCCUGGAAACCCCCGUCAAUCCGCUAGGAACUUCUUUCAGUAUUGAUGAGUUCGCUAAGAAGGCCCAUUCCAGAGGUGCUUAUUUGGUGGUUGAUAGCACCUUUGGGCCUCCGGGUCUUCAGGACCCCUUCCGGUGGGGCGCUGAUCUCGUUCUGCAUUCGGGAUCUAAGUAUCUUGGCGGCCAUAGUGACCUUCUCUGUGGUGUACUCGCUACUCAGCGCAGAGACUGGGAGAAGCAGCUACUGGAAGAUAGAGUCGCAUUGGGCAAUGUCAUUGGCAAUCUGGAGGCAUGGCUUGGGCUCCGCAGUCUACGCACCCUCGAGGUUCGCGUCCAACGAGCGAGUCAGGGCUGCGGGAGUCUAGUUGCCUGGCUUAAUCAGGCUUUGACUGCCCCUUCUCCUGCUGCUGGAAGUGAAGAACAGAUAGUCCAGUCUGUCGUAAAGAAAAUAUACCAUACCAGCCUGCAGGAGGAGCCCUGGAUCAAAGAGCAGAUGCCUAAUGGAUUCGGCCCUGUCUUCUCAAUUGUCCUCCAGAGUGAAAAAUUUGCGCAACGACUACCUAGCAAGUUGGCUUUCUUUCAGCACGCCACGAGUCUGGGCGGUGUUGAGUCCUUGAUCGAAUGGCGUGCGUUAUCGGAUUCCCGGGUGGACAGGAAGUUGCUGCGGCUGAGUAUCGGGUUGGAGAAUUGGGUAGAUUUGAAGAAUGAUUUGCUGGAGGGGUUCAAGGCUGUUUUGCAGGAGUGAUAUGUACAAAGGAUGAAAAGUAUAUAGAAACAUGUUUGUUGAAUACACGAGUC